AUGCCUUAUUAUAUUAAGUUCCUGUUUUUAAUUUUUUGCUUGAUACUUAUCGGAGAAUGCCGAAAGCACAAAAGUAGGAAAAGGAGGUGGUCCGGGGCGGUAGAAUCUCACAAGCAUGGCGCUCCACUGACUGGAAAAAAGAUAGUUGAUAACACCAAAUCUCACAAGGUGAAGACAGACCACCUGCUGCGAGUUGAUGACCAUGAUUUUACCAUGAGACCAGCCUUUGCAGGCCCUGCUGUCCCUGUGGGAGUGGAUGUUCAGGUGGAGAGUUUGGACAGUAUAUCAGAAGUGGACAUGGACUUCACUAUGACCCUGUAUCUGAGGCACUACUGGAAAGACGAGAGGCUGUCCUUUCCCAGCACAACCAAUAAGAGCAUGACGUUCGACGGGCGCCUGGUCAAGAAGAUCUGGGUGCCUGAUGUGUUCUUCGUCCACUCCAAGAGGUCGUUCAUCCACGACACCACCACAGAGAACAUCAUGCUCAGGGUGUUCCCAGAUGGACACGUGCUCUACAGCCUUAGGGUGACGGUUACUGCUGCCUGUAACAUGGACUUCAGUCGUUUCCCUCUGGAUUCACAGACCUGCACAUUAGAGCUAGAGAGCUAUGCUUACACGGAUGAGGACCUCAUGCUGUACUGGAAGAGUGGGGAUGAGUCCCUGAGCACGGACGACAGGAUCUCUCUGUCUCAGUUCCUCAUCCAGAAGUUUCACACUACCUCUAGACUGGCUUUUUACAGCAGCACAGGCUGGUACAACCGUCUGUACAUCAACUUCACCCUGCGACGCCACAUCUUCUUCUUCCUGCUGCAGACCUACUUCCCUGCCACUCUGAUGGUCAUGUUGUCCUGGGUGUCCUUUUGGAUCGACCGCCGGGCCGUACCGGCCAGGGUCUCACUAGGUAUCACCACGGUGCUCACCAUGUCCACCAUCAUCACUGGAGUCAACGCCUCCAUGCCCAGGGUUUCCUACAUCAAAGCUGUGGACAUUUACCUCUGGGUCAGUUUUGUGUUUGUGUUCCUAUCGGUGUUGGAAUAUGCCGCCGUCAACUACUUGACGACGGUGAGGGACGGAAAAGAUCGGAAGCUUAGGGAAAAGGCCAGAGAGCAGUCACUCCCCUGCACCUGUGGCAUGUCCCACACCGGGACCGGGAUGGUGGAUGGCGACGGGACCUACAGCGAGGCCGACACCAACAGCCUGGCCGGAUACACCAGGGCUGACGCUCCCGAGGACACCCCAGAGAAGCAAGAGCACAUGGUGGUGCACCUAUCCCUGGACAAUGAGUCCACGGGAACCAAGAAGAAAGCGCGCUUCCGCAGCUUCAGCCUCAUGCAGAACACCCACGCCAUAGACACCUACUCCCGCAUGAUCUUUCCAGGAUCCUACAUUAUCUUUAACCUCAUAUACUGGUCUGCAUACUGCUGA